GUCUUUCUCAUCUCUCACAACACCCAUGUCUAAGGCCAAGCAAGACAAGCAGCCCCCAUUCCUAGCCGACACCGGGCUGUCGCCGACACCCGAGCGUCUUGCCGCGCUUUACUCGUUCACGCGCGCGCAGCGAGACGCCAACCCCGACGGCUACGCAGCAAAUGUCAAGUGGUGGGGCGACGCCAUCGCGGGCAGCCUCAAGGCGGGAUACCUAGGCGACACGCUAGUGCUGCACCCUUCAGCGCUUCCGGACAAGCUUGCUAAUGGGACGCAGCGCCCACGCGGGCUGGGCGGCGUGAUUGAUGCCCUGACACCCACCACCCUCCUCCCUCUUCCGCGCUACGAGUCGCAGGCCACACCGAUCGACGCGACGCCUUCCAUCGUCUCGCGCGUCGCGGGCGGCGUCGUGAGCGCAGGCUGGGCCGUGCUUGGGCGUCUCUCGCCGUUCGGCGAGGCGUCCGAGGAACAGCUGUGGAAGAGCGCGCUUCGCAAUGACCUAGUUCACAUCCCUAACGUGCGCGCGGCCGCGGCCGCAUGGGUCAAGUACAUCACAGACAACCCGCCCAUCGACUAUACGGACAGCCUGUACUCGCGCGACUCGUUCUCGCGCGCUUUCAAGGGCGUCACAGCCGUGCCCCUCACGGAUGGGGAUAUGAAGGUGCUCCUGCGCUGGCUGGAACGUGAUGCCGGCCGGGUUGUGAUCGACGGAGAAAUUGUCAAGAUCACCUCUACCGCGGCGCCGAUCACAGAAGCUGACCGCGGCGCUGUUGCCGUUUCGGAUGCGCUGGAGAAGGUCGAGGCGCAGGUGGAGGCUGCGGAGAAGGAGGCGGAAGCGUGUACCGCCAAAGCGCGCGCCAAGGUUGCGGCCGGACAGCGGAGUAGCGCGGCAGCAUACUUGCGGAGCAAGAAGGGGCUGGACGAGGUGGUCGCGAAGCGUGUCGCGGCCGGGGAGCAGCUGCGCUCUGUGCGUCGCGCGCUGAACCAGGCGAAGGGUGACGCGGAGAUAAUGUCUGCGUACGAGGCGUCGACGGCGGCGCUUGCGUCCGCGCUCGCGGACCCCCGGCUUUCGCCGGACCGCAUUGCCGCGACCACGGACGCUCUGGCCGACGCCCUGGCGGACCAGCGCGAGAUCGACGAGGCAGUGCGGCUGGGCGGGCAGAUCGCCGCGCCCGCCGAGGAGGUCGACGAUGAGCUGGCGGCCGAGCUCGAGCAGAUGGUGCUCGACGAGAAGCAGCGGCAGGAGACGGAGGCGCGCGAGAAGGCCAAGGCCGAGGCAGAGGCCAAGGUGCGCGCGGAAGCCGAGGCCAAGGCUCAGGCCGAGCGGGAGGCCGAGGCCAAGGUCAAGGCCGAGCGGGAGGCACGCAUUGCGAAGGACAAGGCCGAGGCAGAGAAGGCAGCGGCUGUGAAGGCGGCGGAAACACAGAAGGAAACGGAGAAGGAGAAGCUUCCCUCGGACUCGUCGCUGGCCAAUGCCGACUGGGCGCGGCGGUAUGACGAGGCGCAGGCGCGCGAGGCUGCUGAGAAGGCGCGGUUUGAGGAGGAGCGCCGCGCGCGUGAGGCCCGCAUGAUGCCCGCCGAGUAGAUGGAUACACCAUGCAUGUCUAUGUUGUAC